UGGAAAUGGAUAAUCCAAGAAGAAGAAGAAACCAGAUACGUGGACCAAUCAAAGAGCAAUGGUACUUUCUAUAUACAAGAAGUUGUAGUACAAACAUGUUACGUUAUCUACAAUCACUCUUCAUCGCAAGGGAGAUAGAGAGAGAAUCAUCAUGAGUGCUUCUGGCUUUUCUUUAUCUUCCACUGCAGAAGAGGUUACUCAUGGGAUUGAUGGAACUGGACUUACUGCGAUUAUCACAGGAACAACCAAUGGCAUUGGCACUGAGACUGCACGAGUUCUUGCCUUGCGUGGUGUUCAUGUGAUUAUGGGAGUAAGAAACCUUAUUGCUGGAAAAAAUAUCAAAGAAGAAAUACUCAAGGAGAUUCCAACAGCAAAAGUUGAUGUUAUGGAGUUAGAUCUCAGUUCAAUGGCAUCUGUUAGAAGAUUUGCAUCAGACUUCAGUUCAUCUGAUCUUCCAUUGAACAUUCUUAUAAACAACGCAGGAAUUUGUGCACCUGUUUUCACAUUGUCGAAAGAUGACAUUGAACUACAGUUUGCUACAAAUCAUUUAGGUCAUUUUCUUUUGACAAACCUUUUGUUAGACACUAUGAAGAAAACAUCAUAUGAAAGCAAUAAAGAAGGAAGAAUUGUUAAUGUGUCAUCUGAUGGUCACAAUUAUACAUAUCCCGAAGAAAUUAUUUUUGAUAAAAUUAAUGAUGAAUCAAGUUAUGAUAGAUGGAAAGCAUAUGGUCAGUCUAAGCUUGCUAACAUUUUGCAUGUAAAUGAACUUGCAAGACAUCUCAAGGAAGAUGGGGCUAAUAUUACUGCAAAUUCUCUUCAUCCAGGGGCUAUCUUCACCAACAUUGUAAGUCCUGAGGUUGGUCAAACUAUCCCAAAAGGUUUACUAAAUGUGCUUGGGGAAUUUGUAAUUAAAAGUGUUCAACAGGGAGCAGCAACAACAUGCUAUGUAGCAUUGAACCCAAAAGUGAAAGGAAUUAGUGGAAAAUAUUUUUCUGAUAAUAAUAUGGUUGAACCAAGCUCUCAGGGAAAAGACACUGAUUUAGCAAAGAAACUAUGGAAUUUCAGCAUGAAGUUAAUUGAAUAGAAUGCCCAAAAGAAAUUGUUCAUGGAGGUGAUAUAUACAAAAGUAUAUGUAAUUUUAAUUAAGUCCAAAUAUAUAAGGAAUCCUUUAACUUAUAUGUUUGAAAUUAAUAAGUUAGUUUAUUAAGGUUUUUUCAUUCCAAUAAA